AUGCUGAUUGCGGCAGCUAAGGAGGGGUCAGUGAGCAAGGUGCGAACGUUGCUGCUAGUGGGAGCGGACGUGGAGGCGAUGGACGAGAACCAGCAGAACUCACUGCACUGGGCAGCAGCCAAGGGACAUGUGGAGGUGGCGAGGCGUCUGCUGGAGGAUGGAGCUGAUGUCAACGCUAGGGACCGCUGGCAGAACACGCCUCUGCAUCAGGCAGCAUGGAAAGGCCACGCACCCGUGGUGCGGCUGCUGGCAGCAUCCUCUGCCAACCAUAACGCCAAGGAUAAAAAUGGAAACACACCACUGCACGAUGCGGCACGGCGUGGCCACCCAGAUGCGGCGACUGCGCUACUGGAGGCAGGGGCCGACAGAGAAGUCAGGAAUGCCAAUGGGGACACGCCGCUGGACCUAGCCAAGCGGAACAACUACCAGCGGCUCAUAGACAUCCUAGGAUCAAAUAUAGUGCAAACAACUGUGAAGUAA